AUGAGGCAAUUGAAAAGAAGGAAGAAGGUUGCGAAUGAAAUGGAAAUUGGCGAUGGAAGUGAGGAUGAUGAUCAUGGAGUAGGCAACAAUGAACUCCAUUACAAUGAUGAUGAUGAUGAUGAUGAUGUUGAGGAUACAUCGUCUAUGCAUGAUGAGCCAAGUGAAGAGCAGCGCAAUGAUGAAAACACUACAGAAAGAAGCAAUGAUGAAUCUGGACACAAAAGCAAUUUUCUAGAUAUUUCUUUCUUCAAACUCCCAUGUCUACAACAGGCCAAGCUUGAAUUGCCACAGAGCCCAUGUGACGUUCUGGCGGGUAGCUUCAUUGCUCUCAAACAUACCUUAUUGAAGCCUCACUGA